AUGGGCGCGGAGGGAGGGCGGGAGGGGGCGGGUCCCAGCCAUGGAGGCGCCGGAGCUGCGGGUCGGGUUCGUGGGCGCCGGGAGGAUGGCGGGGGGGGCUGGGCCGGGGGCUGCUGCGGGCAGGUACGGGCUGGGGUCCUGGGCUCGGCUGGGGGGUCCUGGGCUCGGCUGGGGGGUCCUGGGGACACGGGGACAGGCUUGGGCCGGGGGCUGCUGCGGGCAGGGAAGGUGCCACCAAGCAGCAUCCUGGCCAGCGCUCCCUCGGAUAAAAACCUGGAUGCCUGGCGGGAGUCGGGCUGCCGGACCACCCACUGCAACCUGGAGGUGCUGCAGGAGAGCACCUUGGUCUUCCUGGCCACCAAACCCCACGUCCUGCCGGGCGUCCUGCAGGAGAUCCGUCCUGCCGUGGGACCCCACCACGUCGUCGUCUCCCUGGCAGCUGGUGUCACCCUCCAGACCCUGCAGCGACUUCUCCCUGCCGGGACCAAGGUGCUGCGGCUCAUGCCCAACCUGCCCUGCGUGGUGCAGGCAGGGGCGAUGGUCUUUGCCCGGGGCAGUGGUGCUGGUGACAGGGAAGCCACCCUGCUGAAGAACCUCUUGUCCUCCUGUGGGCUCUGCGAGGAGGUCCCCGAGUCCUACAUCAACAUCCACACCGGCCUCAGCGGCAGCGGGGUGGCCUAUGUCUACCUGUUUGCAGAAGCUUUGGCCGAGGGGGCGGUGAAGAUGGGGAUGCCGGGUGGCUUGGCCAGCAGGAUCGCGGCUCAGACGCUGCUGGGUGCAGCUAAGAUGAUGCUGGAGACAGGGGAGCACCCGGCGAAGCUGCGGGGAGAUGUCUGCACGCCCGGGGGCACCACCAUCCACGCCCUGCACCAGCUGGAGAAGGGAGCACUGAGGGCCACCGUCAUGAACGCCGUGGAGGUGGCCACCCAACGGGCGUGUGAUGUGGCCAAGGACUAGUGGCCUGGCUGGGGACGAGCCCCUCCGUCCUGUGCCCCGCAGGGCUGGAGGAGUUGGGUGAUGGGGAGCAGACCAAAAACCCCUGCAGGGAACCCUGACACCCCCAGGAGACCCUGGCUGGGGGUGGGGGGUGGUGUGGACUCGUGUCCGUGCCACGUGCUACCUCUGCAGGGCUACAACCAAAUAAAUGUGGGCAGCACGA